UUUUUUUUUUUUUUUCUUGUAAAAUAAAUAAUGUCGCAUCCUUAUUAUCCUACAACACUCGACAUUCCUAAUUAUGUGCCUAAUCAACGAUCGACGCUCCAACUAUUAGUGACAGCAGGAGUAUUGAUGACUUGUUUGAUGGCAGCAUGUAUAACUACAGGUACUGCCUUUUCCAAAAAGACUACUUCAGUGAGUCGGUUUACUUGGUUUUGUGUGUCUGGCAUAUUGCAUUUAGGAUUCGAAUCAUAUUGGUUAUGGCAUCGACAUACACUUGCAGGACAAAGUGACGUAUUGGCUGAACUUUGGAAAGAAUAUGCUCAUGGCGAUUCACGGUAUUUAUCAGCAGAUGAAUUAUUACUGACGCUGGAAGUCAUGACGGUGUUUGUAUGGGGACCACUUUGUAUGUUGACAGGUUGGUUUAUUUUGCGUGGAUCUAAUAAACAGUACUUCUUUCAAUUGGUUGCAUCCUUAUGCCACAUAUUUUCUUGCUCGUUGUAUUUUUUGAUGGAUUUACCACAAGCUGUGCACUGUGAUCCCAGCCCGAUUUACUUUUACAUAUACUUUAUUGCAUUUAAUAGCCCUUGGAUUAUUGUGCCCUUGAUGUUGGUGUACCAAAGUUAUCAGCAUAUAGAUGAAGCUUUCAAGACAAAGACCAAGAUACAAUAAUACCGUGUGUUUUUUUAUUGUUUUUUUUUUAUUCAUUUGUUUUGUAUAAAUAAAAUUCUAGUCUUUUUUUUUUUUU